CCAAUUUAAGUUAUUGUAUAACCUUCAAAUGGUAUGCGGUUAAAAGUUCAUUCAAAAGUCUAGAAAACACAUGGAGGGUCCCUCCUUUUUUUUCUCUCUCUCUCUCUUUCAUUUUUUAAUUUAAAUUAAUAUGGGAGCCAAAUUAUCAACACAGAACAGAAGAAGAGUCGCUUCAAGGCUUCAUGCCUCUAAAAACAUUGGCAAUAAAAAUCAGGAAGGAAUAGAAACAAAGAACAAAAAUCCAUCGUAUACAUCUCUUAGUUGCGCUGCUUUGCCUGUAUUCACUACAAGUCAAUCAUCCGAUGGGAUCGUUCGAAACGGCAGAACAUUUCAUAAUGAACAAACUUCAACCUAUUGGUUCCCUAACGACGAUGAAGAAAUUGAUCGACUUGUGGGGCAACAUUUUGCUUUAAAAACUUUAUUUAACGGAAAUAUCCCAGAGGAAGCACUGGUCGAUAACGCAUUACCAUUUGAAGAUGGGGCAAAAAUAUUGGAUUUGGGAUGUGGACCUGGCACUUGGAUUAUGGAUGUUGCAACAGAAUAUCCCAAUAGUGAAUUUAUCGGUGUCGACAUGUGUGACAUAUUUCCCAACAAUAUCCGACCUGCUAAUGUCACUUUUCAAGUUGGUAAUGUAUUGGAGGGUUUGGCCUUCGAAGACAAUUCUUUUGAUAUGGUUAGCCUAAGAUUUUUCAUCUUGGCCUUUAGGACAGAAGAAUGGGCUGGUGUAUUAAAAGAAAUUAGGCGUGUCUUAAAACCAGGCGGUUUUAUGCUUUCUAUUGAACCUGGCAUGUUGGAAAUCGGUAGUGAUUUUGUUUGUUGGGCCGGCAAAAUAUUCAAAGACAAGAUGCUUGAACGUGGUCAAGAGCCUUAUAUAUCAGAUGAAAUGAAAAAGACCAUGGAAUUGGCAGAAUUUGAAGUCGUACAUUGUGUAAAAAAGCACACUUAUCUGGGUCGACCGGAUCAUUUGAAUCGUGAGUUUCUAUGGGAUAUUCGAUCCAUUUUUAAAAGCGGACAAGCAUUUUUAGCAGAGUCUUUUGAUAUAUCCAAUGAAAAAUAUCCAGCCUUUUUAGAUCAAUUGACGGCUGAAUGUCAAAAAUUACCAGAAACGAGGUGGUCCAUGGUAUCAACAAUGGGGAGAAAACCUUUUUAAUUUUUUUUUUUUUUUUUUUUG